UCUGACUCGCACCACCGAGAGGAAAUCAUGGUUAUGCUGAAGAUUUCAUCUUUCCUUGCUGUUUAUGCCUUGGUUGUGUGCCAGAUGGACAGCUUCCAGGCAGCUCCAGUCAGACCUGGCUUGGAGUCCAUAACAGAUCGAGUGACGCUCAGUGAUUACGAAGCUCGGAGAUUAUUAAAUGCACUGGUGAAAGAAUUCAUACAGAUGACAGCAGAGGAGCUGGAGCAAGCCUCUGAGGGGAACAGCCUGGAUAGACCUAUUUCCAAACGCUGUGCCAGUCUGAGUACUUGUGUGCUGGGCAAACUGUCUCAAGAAUUGCACAAAUUGCAAACUUACCCUCGUACUGACGUCGGGGCUGGAACUCCUGGCAAGAAAAGAAAUGUGCUGAAUGACCUGGAACAUGAACGCUAUGCAAACUAUGGGGAAACCCUAGGAAACAACUAGGCGUGCUUAUUUCUGCCCUUCCUCCCUCCCCACCCUUCUCCCCCUCCCCAUUUUUUUUUGAAACCUGAUGCAUGUGGAUCUAACUUUGAUUGCUAACUCUGCUAUGUUCUUUUGAUUCUGUUUUUGACAGAGAAUGUUUGAGGUGGACUUAAUGUUAGCAUGACAGAACAUAACACAUACAUCAAGCUAGGGGAAAAAUAAAUAAAAAUAGACAGCGCUGCCUUGAUUUCAAAUGAUUUUCUUAGAUAUUGAUUUAAAAAAAAAACAACAAAUCUAGACAAGGCUCUUCAUUUCUGGCUACUAAAUGUACUAAAAGUAGACUUUUUUUUUUUCUGUGCCUGCCCAUGCACUUGUUCAAUAAACCUAUUUUUCUAUAAGGAUUAGAUCUGUUUGGUUUACUUGUUUUAGAAUGUGAGACUUCUAGGUAAGGCUAGAGAGGUUUUGCACAUUGUAGUUGUGUUCAAGAGAGGCAAUGCAAGAAAUUCUAGAGAAGUUUAAUAAGCUAAGAAAAUGCAAAGGUGUCUUAGAAGUUAUAUAUGUACAUGAGAAUUAUGCAAUAUAUGGACUGAUGUAACCAAGCAUGCAUGCAAACCUGUUAGUAAAUAGCCUGAGAUGCAAAGGAAUCAAAGGCUCAUAUAGAGCUGUACAAACUAGAACUGUAAUCCUGUCUAGAACUGUGUACUGAACACUUACAGGUAAGAAUUUUAUAUUUUCUCCUCCUUUUUUUUCCCUUAUCACUUAAUGAUAAGUCUUCACACUAGUGUAGUUAAAACCUGAGUAUGUUUUAAGUAAAGAGGCUAAAUUUUUUUUUUUCUUAUUGCUAAAUGUUUAGGUAGCUUUGCCUGUAUUUUAAAAGAAACACUUUCUUUAGCUGUUUCUCACAGUAUGUUCCAUACCUUUAUUUUCAGUUCUUCUGUUGCAACACCAUAUUUAUCCUGUAAGCAGAAGCCUGUUCUGAAUCAUGGCAACAGUGUUAUAAACAGUAUUAUUUGUUACCAUUAAUGAACUGUCCUGCAAUGCUUUUCUGAGCAAAAUUGUUCUUCCUUCAGAUGCUUGUCCUUGCUUUAGUAGAAAACUUUCAAACAAGGUCUGUGUGAACAUGUGUGCCAUGAAAUAUUGUCUAGCAAAAAAAAUUACUAGCCAUGGGCUUACCUGAAGGUACUCUGAUGUCAGUGUAGUAUUUGCAUAGCAGUGAGCUGUACUGACCUGGGGCCUAAUGGCAGGAAAGAUGUUCCCAUUGGAUCUGCAGAAGCAGUAUGCUUAUGGGUGGUUCAGCUCCGAAAGCACGUGAGUGGCUGCUGGGCCACUCACAAUUCUUUGGGGAAAGGGGGGAUUGGUUAAAUAUCCCAGAUCUGCACCACAGUAGCAUCUUUGUGCUAGCCAUGGUGCCUUGGAGACAAGAAACAGCUCAGAUGUCCCUGAAAGACUGGUUUGGUCCAAUUGGUCUUCACUUCAAUUGCCCAAGAAGGGCUUGUCUACCUUUCACAAACUGAGCCUGAUACUUAAAAGAAGGAGCUUGUUGGUGGAGCAAAUGAAAUGCCUGCUACACAGCAAGCCUGCCCUUGCUUCUACGGAAAAAGCUUUCUAAGGUAUAACAUCCCUUACUGCCAUCUUGUUGCAAGCAGGGUGGAUACCUUGGAAACUGACUUGGAAACUAACUUUCUUCUCCUUUCAAAAAGCAGUGUAACAGCACAGAAAAGAGCGUGCAACACAGCUACCUGCGUGACCCAUCGUCUGGCAGACUUCCUGAGCAGGUCAGGAGGAGUGGGCAAGAACAACUUUGUCCCAACCAACGUGGGCUCCAAGGCUUUUGGCAGGCGAAGAAGAAACGUUCAAAUAUAAAUAGCUGAAUGGUGACAUGCAUAUGGUAAAUAUAUUGCAAUAAACAGUCUACAGUGUAGAUAACCUGAGUUUGCAGAACUUUAGUGUUGCUGGAUGAGUAACAGGCAGGUAGAAAAAGUACUCCUGGUAAACAGGGUAAGCAAGGGUACAAAAAGCUGUUACAAAUGUUAUUGAAGUUUGUGGAGAAGAGCUUUCAGAGAUGUUCUCCUUAGGUAACUACUUAGAUAACUAACUUCACAGUGCAUUAUCUAAAUGCAACUGUACGGUUGGAACUGCUUAUUUUCUCAGUUUGCUGGCAAUGUUUAAUUAUCAACAUAUGGAUAACUCUCAGUUUGUUUCUUUCAGGUUGAUGUGAAACUGCAGACUCAGCUUUAAUUUCCAAUGAAUGGAACUCUUCUCCACAAAUCAAGACAGCCAAAAAGAAGAUUAAUUUUGCAUCCUAAUAUUGAAAGCAUUUUGUUUAAGACAAAAAUGAGAACACUUCUGUUAUGUAUAGUACAAGGGACUCUAGUUAUUCAAGUUAAAUUAUUGUAUAUUCUUUUUAUAUGCAAGUCUAUUUCAAAUAAAAUGUGACAGCAUCUAUUAUUUAUCUUCUAGCAUAUAUGUGAUCCAUGCUAUUUAUCCUGGCACUGCUGCCAAAACUCGGGGAGUUGUACUGAACUGCUGCCUAGCAAGGCCUGUGUGUAUAACAUGGUGUGCUGUGCCUUGGUGUUAAACACUUAACUAUCCUGAUUGUACAGUAUGUUUAAAAAAAGAAACAAACAAACAGAAAACAACCUCUUAACUAUUGUAUCAUUUGUGAAUUUACGCAAAAUUAAAAAAAAAAGUAUUUUUAGAUACA